AGCUCAGGAGGCAAGGGUGACGAUGAUGUUUGCUUGUUCGGAGCAGUCCGGACGGGAAACAACAAGGAGAUCAAUGGCUCGUUCAAGCUGGGAGCUGCUCGCGUUCUUCACGGGUGGCAGAUGCAGUGCCUAGGCCCCGCCCACCAGGACAACGCCAACAUGAACGGGACGGCCGAGCAGGCCGACAUCCUGCCGCCCAACUGCAUGGUCAAGGACCGAUGGAAAGUGCUGAAGAAGAUUGGCGGCGGCGGUUUCGGCGAGAUCUACGAGGCGCUGGAUCUGCUGACUCGGGAGAACGUGGCCCUCAAGGUGGAGUCGGCCCAGCAGCCCAAACAGGUCCUCAAGAUGGAGGUGGCCGUGCUCAAGAAGCUGCAGGGUAAAAACCACGUGUGCAAAUUCAUCGGCUGCGGCAGGAACGAUAAAUUCAACUACGUGGUGAUGCAGCUUCAGGGUCGCAACCUGGCCGACCUGCGGCGCAGCCAGCCUCGAGGGACCUUCACCAUGAGCACCACGCUCAGGCUCGGCAAGCAGAUCCUGGAGUCCAUUGAAGCCAUUCACUCGGUCGGGUUCCUCCACCGGGACAUCAAACCUUCCAACUUUGCAAUGGGUCGCCUGCCGUCCACGUACAGGAAGUGCUACAUGCUGGACUUUGGUCUGGCCCGCCAGUACACCAACACCACCGGCGAGGUCCGGCCGCCCAGGACGGUAGCGGGAUUCCGCGGGACAGUCCGUUACGCUUCGGUCAACGCGCACAAAAACAAGGAAAUGGGUCGCCACGACGACCUGUGGUCGCUCUUCUACAUGUUGGUGGAGUUUGCCGUCGGCCAGCUGCCUUGGAGGAAAAUCAAAGACAAGGAGCAAGUGGGUCAAAUCAAAGAGCGCUACGACCACCGCAUGUUGCUCAAACACAUGCCGUCCGAGUUCAACGUCUUCCUGGACCACGUGCUCGCCCUCGACUACUACACCAAACCCGACUACCAGCUUCUGAUGUCAGUGUUCGAGAGCAGCAUGAAGGAACGGAUCAUCACGGAGAACGAGCCUUUCGAUUGGGAGAAGGCGGGGAGCGACGUCACCGUGUCCACCAGCGCCUCCACCCAACCGCAGCACAACACGCGGCCCACCGCCGCCAUGCUGGGGGCCAUCGUGACGCCGGUGCCCGGAGACCCCCAGCGCGAGAACACUGACGACGUCCUUCAGGACGAGCACCUGAGCGACCAGGAGAACGCUCCGCCCCCGCCGGCCCGACCCCUUGGCGAGUCGCUCGGCCAGCGUGGCGGCGAGCCCGGCGAACCCUGGGAGGACACGGACUUCAACCGCAACAGACUCAGGAUCAGCUUGAACAAGGAGGAAGAGGCCCCGGGGCACGCCGUCUGUCCGGUGUCGCCGGUUCGGGGCGGAGCUCCCGAUUCACCGACGGGCCAGGGGCGGUCCUUAAGAUACCGUCGAGUCAACAGUCCCGAGUCGGAACGUCUGUCCGCCGCCGAGGGACGCGGGGACGCCUAUGGACAGAGGUCUCGUAUGGACAUGCUGGGCUCUCCUUCGCGCCACGUGUACUCGUCGCAGCCGGCGCAGAUGCUGUCGGUGGACCCCGGUUGCCGUGGCGAUCGGCAGGCCAGCGGCAGGCAGGAAGUGUCGGCGGCGUCGGCCGACCAGGAGGCUCACAGCAACGCUUUCAUCCGCUCCGUGCCGCUCGCCGAGGAAGAGGACUUUGACAGCAAGGAGUGGGUGAUCAUCGACAAGGAGGCGGAGCUUCGAGACUUCCACCCCACCACGUCGGGCACCACCGACGAGGAGCCCGAGGAGCUGCGCCCGCUGGAGGAGCAGGACGAGCGGAGGAAGACCAGGGCGGGGCCAGACCUGGUGGUCCGCCCCAAGACGCAAGGCCGGGGAUUGCUCAUGCUCACCGAGGAGGAGGCGGCGGCGCGGAGGAGCUUUGGUGCCGGCGCCAGCCCCGGCCACUCGGCGUGUCACUCGCUGCCGUCGGCGCGCCCUCGGCGGAGAGAGUCGGAGCCCAACGGACCGCAGCGGCCGUUGACCUCUCCGACCUCACCCGCGGCCUCCUCGCCGCCAGCCUCGCCCGACUACCGCACCAAAGGCGACGAGCGCGAGCGCUUCCACAUCUUGCCCAAGCUGCAGGCCAAGCGCGGCGACUUCCUGACGGUGAUGCUGACGGGGAGUCUCCCACAGCGGCGCGCCUUCGCCGCCAGCGACGACACCCCGCAGGAACCCGGCGGCCCCAAAGACGACGACGUGACCAAGAGCCAGUCCGACAGCGAGGCCAGUCCCAAGAGCUCCGAGCGCAGCCAGGACGCCGCGCCUUCCACGCUCAUGGCCGAGGACCAGCGCGGCGCCAGGGAGCACCCUUCCGAGGCCGACCCCGACCUGGAGGACGCCUCCAAGACCUUGGUCCUCUUCUCCCCGGGUGACACUCGCAAGUCCCCCUCCGGGGAGCAGGCGGCCGAGGGCGAAUUGUCCACCCCUUCCGGAGCCAUCCCCCGCCAGGAACGGGACUCCGAGAUGACUCGCCUGUCAGAGACGCUGUCUCCCGCCGCUCUGCGACUGGACGCGCGGCCGCCCACCCCUGUCGCGCCAGCGUCGCCCCCCUUUACCAAAGUGGAGCGUACCUUUGUCCACAUAGCAGAGACCUCCCACCUGAAUAUCAUGUCUUCCAACGGGCACGCCGCUCGGGAGACGGAAGGCUCGGCACCCCAGCCUCCGGUCCGAGAUGCUUGGGAGCCGUCCGAGAGCCGUCCGGCCGAGACCAGCGUCUUUUCGUCGGAACCUCCGCAUUCGGCCGAGCCUCUGCGCCAAAAAUCAUCCAACGAGGAAGCCUCUCCGACGCGCACCAAAUCGGAACCUCCCGUGGCCCUCGGGAGCCAAAUCAGGAGCAGAAUUCCUCUUCUGAUCUCAGAGUCCGAGGUGCGGCGCUCCCCGUCGGCCCGGGCUCGCCUUCAGCGACACGGCGACGUGGACUCGCCCCGGGUGCUGGUGCGGAGGCAACAGAGUCGCUGGAUGCGGAGGCGCCUCUGCUCCGGGACCUCGUCCUCGUUGUCCUCGGGGGACGGCGAGUAUCGCGGGCCCUCGGAAAGCUUGUCCGCCGCCGGAUCGGAGGAGGACACGCGCGCCUCGGACCGAGCGGAGAGGAACUCCGGCGUCCCCCGAUCAGACCGGCGGGACCGGGUGGGGUCCGGGAGCCGGAUCCCGAGGCCUAUCGGAAGACCUCCCGGGAAAGCGCCCGCAGCUCAGUCUCCUCUGGUGUCGUCUGCGUCAUCUUCCACUCCCAGGAAGCAAAAGAGUCAACCAAAGUCUGCAGCCAGAUCGUCGUCCGGGUGCCCACGCACGGCCGGCGCUGCCUGCGACCAGGCCGGCAGCCCUCGUGCGCCCCUGCGAGUCCUCUCGGGGUCCCGCCGCAGCCUUAGCUCCACCCACUGCAGGACCGACAGCCCGUCCCCCCUGAGAGGGCCGCCGCUGUCUGUUCGAGCCCCGACCGUGCCCGUGCUGCCGCCCAGGAAUCUGGCGGCGGCCAUUCGGCGCAGCGCCUCGCAGGAGCCGGCGUCGUCGGGUGGCGUCGCCUCCGCCAGGUGGUCCCGCUUCAAAACGCCAGUCAAAGGCAGCUCCAGGGAGAAGGCCCUGUCCGCUAGAUAAUACUAAGAGCUCCACUUUUUGUUUGCCCUGUGGACUUCCCGAACUUCUCUGGCGGUGGCUGACUCAGCAUGCGUCAAUCCCCACGAAUGCUGUAAAUAAUCCGUCCUAUUUAUCCAAUCAUUAAUCAAUCCAUUUCCCUUGA